UUGAAUUUCUUUGGCCUUCAGCAACGCAUCAAACGCCUUCCGUUUUUGGCCAAAAGGAUACCUUUCGCGGCCUCUUUCACCGAGACGGGCAAAGGAAAUCCAAGCUUUGACGUUCUUCACCGGAAUUUUAAUCCAGGCCAUCAGCAACUCCAGACGGUUUAUACUCUCACCUGAUUUGAAAUAUUCUUUGUAUUAGACUGUUGGAGAUGGCAGAGGAGACCUAUAGCGUGAUGUUGAACGUUUAUGAUUUAAGCCAGGGACUUGCGAAACAGCUUUCUUCUGCAUUUUUGGGCAAAUGUAUAGAGGGCAUAUGGCAUACUGGAGUGGUUGUUUAUGGCUAUGAAUACUACUUUGGAGGUGGGAUCCAGCACGAACCAGCUGGGUCUACGCCGUAUGGCACUCCUCUACGAGUCAUUGAUCUUGGCACCACGGAAGUGACCAAGGAUGUAUUCGAAAUGUAUCUGCAGGAGAUUAGCCCGCGCUACACAGCAGAGACCUACAACUUGAUGGGGCAUAACUGCAACAAUUUCAGUAAUGAGGUUGCCCAGUUUUUGGUGGGCAUAACCAUUCCAGACUACAUUCUAGACCUCCCUAAUGAGGUCAUGAACAGCCCAAUGGGACCUCUCAUGUUGCCAAUGAUAAAGCAACUAGAGGCAACAUUAAGGGAUGGUGCAGUCCCGAAAGUCCCUCAGUUCGUACCGCCAACAGAACCUCUAGCUUUCCAGACAGGUGUCUGUGCUGAUCAAUCCAAAGAAGUUGGCGUUCAAGAUGCAGACACCGAAGCAGAAGUAGUCAUGUCGGGAGAGCAAAGCGCAAACAGUUUGGACCCUCUCGGGGAUGCUAGGAGCAAGAUCCAAGGCGAGAUCACCCAGGAAUUUGCAACGAUUAUGGCGACAGGGACAUUGCGUGCAAGCGAGGCUGCUGCUUUGGCAACUAAGAGAGUCAUGGAAAGAUAUGGACACACAACCACUGCUUAGAGCUAAAUAUAUGAGUGGGAUUCCCACUUGGUUUUUUUAAACUUUCCCCAGAAUGUGUUUGUGGGGCUCUGCAGUUGGGGGCAUACAGAAUAGCCUGCCCAACUGUUUUUAACUGUCCAAAACUACAUUGAAUUGUCCCGUUGAGAAUCACCAGUGAUAUAAAUUUAUUAAAAAUUACAAAAAGUUGGGAUGUUAGCCUGAUACGAUUUAACACACUAAAA